AUGGCGAUGGCAGGACUCGCAGCCUCCCUCCCGACAGGCACCAGGUUCCCGGCCCGCUGCUCCGUCUAUGCUGAUGACGUGGCGCUGUGGGCAAGGGGACCAAGGCGGUCCAUUACUGCCAUCAGGAGGUCACUGCAGGCAGCCCUGGACGCAGUGAUCUCCUUCCUCGGAAGCAUCGGCCUCAAAGUCUCUGCCACCAAGACCGAGGCCCUGCUGAUCCAUCCACUUGCCGCAGCACCGGUCCACGUGAAGCCGCUGAGGGUCGGCAACCGCAAUCUCCCUUGGAGAAAGGAGGUGAGGUACCUGGGCCUCAUUGUCGACCACCGGCUCACCUGUAUUCCCGCUGCCAAGGUCGCCGCCACCAAGUUCCGACGAGUCCAAGGGGCUGCGGCGUCCUCCGUGCUGCUGUAUGCCCUGCCGCUGGUGAACCUGACGCCAGCCAGGAGAUGCCUGCUGGAGGGACUGCACAGAGGAGCCGUGAGGACCAUCCUGGGGCUCCCCAGGUGCUCCCCUGUUGCAGCGACGCUUGCGGAGGCGAGAGAGUGGCCCCUGACGCUACGCAUGCUCCAACGUGCGUUGGGGCACAUCGACCGCCUCCACCAUGCCGCGGACGGUGCAGCCUAUCUGGAACGCCUGCCAGGAUCCAAGAUGGGAGGCCUCCUCCCAUUGUACCACCAGAUGGUACCGGAUCCACCAGCACCUGUUGCCUCUCCGCCGCCACACCACCGGCCCCCUGAGGUGCACCUCCACCUGGCCGGGGCAACGAAGCGACGAAGUCCUGCAGCAGCACUGCAGCAGGCAGCCUCUUGCAAGCUCCAGGAACAACUAGAGGGCCGGCUGCAGGUUUUCACGGAUAGAUCCGUGAUGCCAGAUGAAACUGCAGCGGCGGCUUGCGUCGUCCCUGCACAGACCAGCAGCAGGCAGUGUAAGCUGCCUUUCCCGGCGAGCUCAACGGCGGCAGAGCUGGCCGGACUCCACCUGGCAGCUGACCUACUGGCAGAGGACAUCCCAUCAGACGCUGUCGCCGUCCUCUGUGACAGCAAGGCAGCACUACAGAUCCUGGCCAACCAUCGAGACACCGGACUGACCGGAAGCCUCCUGGCGGCCAAGUACCGUGCCCUCGCUGCAUCUGGUGCGUCCGUCUCCUUCCACUGGCUGCCCUCCCAUGUGGGCAUAGUUGGUAGCGAGGAGGCAGACGCGCUUGCCAAGGCAGCACACCAGCCUGGCACCCCCAUCACCCGGGCCGUCGCGGCCAGGGACUACACGCAGGCCCGUCUCAAGAAGCUGCUGGUCACGGUCCACCCAGACUCAAGGGUGGCCAAUGGACGAGGGAUAAAGCUGCUACCAGAGACGGGCCUCACCAGGAGAGAUCGGUCAGCCCUGCUGCGCCUGCGGACCGGCUGUGUGUGGACCGCUGCCCGCCGACAUGCGAAGGGUCUCUGCGCCUCCCCAGCCUGCAGCCACUGCGGCGAUCCUGAGACCCUCGAGCACCUCCUCUGUGCCUGUCCUGGCUUGGCACAGGAACGCUCGAGGGUCACUACGGUCUACCGGAGCCAGGGCCUACCUGCCUCCACACUCGAACACCUGCUCUUCCCGUCGCGUCCCCGCCUGCCAGCACUCCGGAGCCUUGUGGAGUUCCUCGUCGAGACGGGAAUAGCCGCCUACAGAUGA